AUGUGCACGAUACCCGCAGAACAUCAAGACUUCAUCUGCAUCAAUCCCUACCAUUACGAACGCGUUGUGUCCAAUGGGCUAGCACCGCCAGACUUGAAGUCACUGCGAGUCGAUCCAGCACCGCCGUCGAUCAUUAACAAAACAGAAUUUCCAGUGCAAGACUACGAAAUGAGCGAAGCCGUCCCCAGCAAUUCCAAUUUUAUCGAAUGGGCGCCGUCCUGUGCUCUGUCGCAGCAAGAUUCAUUUUCAGGAGGCCACUCAUCCGUUCAGGGCAGUCCGGCAGCUAUUCAAAACUGUAAGCAUUCCUUUAUAUCGAAAUUCCCUCACAUUACCGCUACUGCUAUAUAUAUGGCUUUUCUACUCUAUGAGUUUGCUGCAUAA